AUGCCUCCGAGCGGGCAGCCCACGAGCGGGCAAACCCAGGCGACUGAGCAGGUCCAGGGCAGUGCGAGCUAUGAGGGAUCGUUCAAGGAUCGAGAGCCCCCUCCGGGCUUUGAUGGACGGAACCCUGACAAGGCGUUUCCGCGUUGGCUGAAGGAGCUUGAGCUUUGGAAGUUUGAGACGGAGAUUCCGAAGAAGAAGUGGGGUGUCAAAGUUUUCCGUCAGCUUCAGGGCUCGGCAAAGUCAGUUGCUGAUAGCCUUUCCUUCGAUGAGCUGGCUUGCGAGAAAGGACUGGACAACCUGAUGAAGGUGUUGAAGGAUCACUACGAGCCUCACCUUCAAGUGUCGUUGCCCAAGGCCUUUGAGGAAGCAAUCUACGGCGACAUCAGGUCGGCGAAGGAGUCAUUCAGUGACUAUGUGAUAAGGUACGAGCACAGCUUCAAGGAACUUCAGAGGCAAGGGGUUGAACUUCAUGAUCUGGUUGUGGGAUAUGUUCUAUUCCGCCACGCCAACUUGUCUGAUGUUCAAGAGGCCCAGAUGCUGACCUGGGGUGCAGGCAAGUACGACCGGAAGACCGUGAUCGAGAAUCUUCGCAAGCUGGACAAAGGCAUCUUUGAUGUUAAGAAGAAAGGCCACCACUAUCUUCUGGACACCGACGCCCCGGAGAAUGACGAGGACGACGCUCUACCCAAUGCGGAGGCUUUCCUUCAGGGCGAUGAUGAGGGCGAGUCCGAUGGUGACGAGGACGAUCUCAAGGACGUGUACGAAGAAGAACAGAUGAUGCAAGCUCUUGCAACGUACCAAGACAUCAGGCGAUCGCUGCGGGAACAGAAGACGAACCGUGGCUUCUAUCCAUCUGGCAAGGGUGCGGCGAGCUCCAAAGGUGGAAAAGACAAAGGCAAAGGUCGUGGUUCCUCGCGACCUAUGCUGGACGUGAAGAACAGAAACCGUGAGCCCAUGAAGUUUGGAUCCCGUGGAACCAAGGUGCACAUCGACCUCCUCAAAUUGCGAACAAAGUGUGCACGAUGCGGGGCAGUGGGUCACUGGGCACGUGAAUGCCGCAACGCACCAGAUGAUCGUGGACGAAUGGCAAUGGCCAAGUCGCCCUCGGUGGCGCAGUCUUCUGUGUCUUCCCCGUCGACUAAGUCGGGUUUCUUCGUGGAGACUAGCGGCAAUGCUCGCUCAGAUGUGCUGUUCGGGAAAAACGAGACCGGCACCCUCAUGUCGUAUGCCCCCACCCUUGGAAAUAUUCUCUCGUCUAUGCUCAGCCGUGAUAGAGUGCCUACCUCCUCCAAGAAUGCCGAAACCAUUGAAGAGCUGAGUGAAUCGUUCGUUGGUGUGAGUACACGCGCCGGUGAAGGCAUCGUGGACACCGCGGCGCAGGACGGACUCGUGGGCAAGGCAGCGCUACUCGAGCUUACAAGUGUCCUGAGAGAGUAUGGUUUGCAGAUCAAGUGGAACCACCACAAACAAGCUCAGGCAAGUGGAGUUGGAGGCCGAGCCAAGGUUGUGGGCAUUGCGGAGAUUCCUGUGGGCUUGGCAGGGGUUAACGGCUUAUUAGAAGCAACGGUCGUACAGGAGAAUAUCCCGCUCUUGCUUCCCAUUCGAAUGCUCAAACAACUGAAGGCUGUCGUGGAUCUCGAAUCAGAUCGACUCCAGCUCAAGGCCUACGGGGUUGAAACUGCUAUGCAUGCAAUGCCCUCUGGUCACAUGUCAGUUUCAGUCACGGACUUUGCAGCUGGGGGUUGGCGCCUUCCGAAUGCAGCAGAGAGCGAGCACAUGAAACAUGAGCAGUUUGUCCUUGCGAGCAGCGGUUUUCUCCAGAGCAUGUAUCCUCUCGAGGGUAGAACAACGGCGAAGGACAUGGCGCAGCUGCUUUUGCACCGCAUGAUGGACCAGAGGAGCCGGGAUGCCAACACCCGGCCAGGAGCGCAGCCUGCGGGAGUCCUUCGGAGCCGUCGUGCCAUAGCACGUUGGCGAGUUCUGGGGGACAAGAUGUGCGAUCUCAUGGGGAUCGUAAGCCUGCGAGAACGAGUUUGGGAAUGGCUACCAAGUGGAUCGCAGCGGCUGUUGGGGCUGGAGCCCUCGGAUGCCGCCACUUCCCCUUCGACCCCGACGUCUUCCACGACGGCAAGUUCGGACAAGCAGCUGGAGUAUGCCAAGAUUAUCAAGGUCUCGACCUACCUUGGACAGCGGAAGUCGAAAGAUCCUCCCAAGAAGACCCGCGAGCAAUGCGAACAUCCUACUACGGAGUUGAAGGGUGGAGGAAAUCAAUACUCCAAGGAGAUUUGGUGCAAUGUGUGCAAGAGCAGGUGGGCGAGCUUGACCCCGGACGAGCUCCAUGCGAAGAUGAAGGAGAUCAAUCAGGUGCCCAUUGCGCCGAGUAUGACUUCGGGAUCCAUGGAAACGGGGCAAGGCUCAGCAACGGUGGUGAAGUGCCAGUGUGGCAAUCCGGCCACCAGGUGGGAAGUGAAGAAGGAUGGCCCCACCAAGCAUCGGCACUUCUACAGGUGCCGCAAUCGGGUGUGCGAGUUCUUCCAAUGGGACGAGACGGAGCAGCGAGCUUUGAAGUCGAGGGUCCGGUCCCAACCGGGAGAUCCGGACGAGAUGAUGGAGAUCGACGGUCAGGAGAAGAUGGUCAAGGACCAGAUGGAGGAGCUCAAGUUGCAGACGGAGCACCAGCUGAAUGCCCAGGCGCAGUCGCACCAGGAAGAGGUCAACCAGCUGAAGGUUCAAUUGGCCUGGAUGCAGAGCUACCUGAGUCAAAUGCAGGGGCCAGCGACGGCGGCGGGCUCGGAUGGCUUUCAGUUGACAGAGUCGCAGCUGCUCAAUGCACGCAAACACCAGAUGCAGGCAUUUUGCUUGCAGGCCUCAACUCCGUGGAGCAUGCCCAUGUCAAGAUGCUUUUAUGUGUGGGAUGAAUUGAAUGAUGUGUGGUGUGAACGUGUUGGUUGGCUUCCUCGUGUCACAGAAGGGCAUGUCUUUAUGGCUGUGUUUGAAGAUGAGAACAGUAUGGUGUUAUGGAGUGAAGAAGCUGGCAAGCUUAAAGCGCUUUCGGCUGGGGAGCGCAAGCACACCAUGAAUGCGGUUAUGGAUGUGCGGACCAACCUCGAUGACAACUGCCAGCAGAUGUGUUUUGAGGCUGUAUCACCAGACAGAAUUCACCAGUUUGUUGAGUAUGACCAGGCGAUGGCCAUUUUGGAUCCGCUUGGAGCAGAACAGUUUUGGUUGGAACUCAAAGCCAAGGGCCCAAGCUAUCUUGUACUACAACCUGCUCGUGAUGAGCCAAGCUUGAGGCUGGCAUGUGAAGCAGCAGAAUGGCAGCAAGUGCGUAAUCUGGUGUUCGCUGUGAUAUGUGAGGCCGAUGAUGAAGGUUAUGUUCGGAAGUGGCUCGAUGAAUCACCUUCGGUCUAUGUUGGAGAACUCACUCCGAGUCGCAGAGUGGUGACUAACCACUUGAAGAUGUUUCGCGAGAUGGAGAAGGUGUGGUGCCACAACGAAGAGAUGAUCUCCCAGAACACCAACGAUCUUCUGCAGAAUCCAAAGGUGCACCGGACGGAGGAAAACAAAGUGUUUUUGAAUGUAGAGAUUAUCUCCCAGAACACCGACGAUCUUCUGCAGAAUCCAGAGGUGCACCGGUCGUAUAAUUAUGAUGUGUGUCAGGAGCACGACUGGUCCCCUUUUCAAGAUGUGUGUCAGGAGCACGACUGGUCCCAGAAUGAGCUAUGUGAUCAGGACGUCUACAUCACUACAGUCCAGGCUGGCAUGAUUGAGUUCAAGGCUGAGCGUUUGCUGACGGACCAGGACUUUUCCUUUGUUUCGUUGGAACAGCUUCUACAGUCCAUGCCACAGCUGGUCAAGACAGGGCGGCAGAGUGUGAUGCAGGGAAGCUAUGCGUCUUUCGGGCUGUACGCUCAUGGGAACCACUAUGGAGUCACGAAGUGGGCAAAGGAGCUUCCGAGAUUUACGGAGUAUGUCAAUCAGGUGAUUAAGUAUCAAUGUCGAUGUCAAGGAUGGCAAGCGCCAACGUGGACCACCUUUGCCAUAGGACAAAAUGCUGGGAGUGCCCUUCACAAGGACAACCACAACUGCCCCCACACUAAGAACUACAUCUUCGCGCUGGGCAAGCACCAAGGAGGAGGACUGUGGACUGAGACCUCCGAACCGGCCAAUCUCCAAGGACGUUCAAAGGUUGAAUGGAAAAUGCUGCCAAAUGGGAAACGAGUACCAGGUGUUGUGCACGACAUUCACUACAAGCUUCACGCCUUCGAUCCUCAAAGGUGGCACCAAACUUCGGUUUGGAAGGGAACUCGCUAUGUGGUGAGUGCGUUUACUUCUAGGGCAGCGGACCUUAUUGACAACCAUGAGCUCUCGAACCUACGAAAAUUGGGUUUCUCCUUGCCCCAGGACAACUUCACCUACAUGUUUGAUGGAACGAGAGUGCCCGGGAUUGGACCUUUCUCCAGCGUGUAUGUUGAGGAUGAUGAAUGUGGUCCAAUGGCUGAGGGAGGAGCUCAAGAUGAAGAUCGAGGAGAAGCAGAGUUGGUUGAUGACGCGGUGGAGCCUACUGCGGAGGAGAAGAGACUCGUCAAGAAACUACACGACAACCUGGGACAUCCUGGAGCACGGGAAUUGGCUCGAUCUCUACGGCUUGCACAUGCCAAACCACACAUUGUGCGGCAUGUGGCCAAGAAGUUUGUGUGUCCUACCUGCGAGGCACGUCCCAAACCUCGACCGGCUAGACCAGCCGUUCUUCCCAAGGCUUACGAAGCUGGGAAAGUGGUGGGGGUUGACGUGGUCUUCCUACCAGGUUUGGAUCCAAGACAGAGCUUCCCAGCGCUGAACAUUGUUGACUGGGGCACCAACUAUCAAAUGGUGGAACGCCUCAAGAAUACCGAGUCGGACCAUGCCUGGCGAACCUUUAUGAGAACGUGGGCAAGAGUGUUUGGGGUUCCAGAGAUUAUCGUGGCGGACCUCGGCUCAGAGUUCAGAGGGCAGUUCUCAGAGUUGGCAGGCCAAGCUGGGGCGUUGAUUCGCCACACGGCGGCACGGUCGCCAUGGCAGGCCGGGAAAACGGAGAGAGCAGGAGCGCACUUCAAGCAUGUGUAUGAGCGAGCCAGGGACACGGUGCAUGUGACUUCGUGGGAAGAGGUAAAGACGUUGCUGUAUGAGGUUGAGGGUGCCAGAAACCGCUAUGGAAACCGGAGUGGAUUCAGUCCAAUGCAAAGGCAGAUUGGGCACAACCUGAGAUUGCCCGGGUCGCUUCUUUCAGACGACCACCUGGAUCCUCAGUUGGUGGUUCAAUCUGCGGGAGACGAGAUGCGCCGGACUCUCGAGAUCAGGAAGUGUGCUCAGGAGGCCUAUGUCAAGUCUCAGACAGAAGUUGCGCUUUCCAAGGCGAAGAAUGCAAGGUCUCGCAUUGCAGUUGAGUUCCAUGCUGGGGAGACGGUGUAUGUGUACCGGCAGCCUUAUGAACGCAAGCGUCGCCAUGCCAUGACGCCGGAAUCCCAUGAAGGGCGGAAGCCUACUUGGGUAGGUCCUGGUUUGGUUUUGGCUGUGGAGAAACCUAGCCUGUGGAUCUCAAUGAAGGGUGAGCUAUGGAAAGCGAGCUUUGAACAAUGCAGGCAUGCAACAAGUGAAGAGCAGAUUGCUAAGGAGAUGCUUGCAGGCGAAUUGGAAGCCCUACGUGAAGAGCUGAGCCGAACCUCAACGAAGAGGACCUAUCGCGACAUGACUGGAAUGGGAGUUCCUGAAGAUGAUCUUGACGAUGACGGAGGCGAAGCUCGUGGAGGUGCACUAGGUCCUGUUCUUGAAGAAGAUGAACGACCAGCUCAACGUCCUCGUGUGGAGGAGGCUGUCAAUGUGCCGAUUCCCGAAGAUGAUGACGAGGAGCUGGAUUACUCUCCUUCCGAGGUCAAUGAUGACCCAGUUGGCGAGGCACCUCAACUACCACAAUCAGAACGCCAACGGACGGAGUCCGAACCUGAGCCACUACCAACCCCGAGGCUGUCUGAAGCUACCGCGAGAACGGUGAUGAGAAAUGAGGUGCUCGAUGGCAACUUUCCGGGUUCCCCCUCCUACGAAGCGGUCAGAAAGGUGCAGAAGCUCAAGCCCAGAAAUGAACCCUACUUUGAAAGAGGAUGUGAUGAAAAGGGUGCGCACCAAUGGUACUGUUUGGAGGAUGGCCAAUGGAAGCCUGAGCAAGAUGAGUGGGAGUUCGUAAGCCCUGAUGUGGUGAUCAGACGCCAUAAUGUUCCAAGGAGCUCUAUGUGCAACCCCGGCAAGAUCCGCAAAGCUCUACUUCCGCGGAGGCUCAAAGUUCGACAAACCUAUAUGGUCAUGGACGAUGGGACAGUGGACAAGAGCAAGGACUUUUGGUUCAAGCAGCGGAAAAGCAAGGGCAGCACAACGAAGUCUUGGACGGGCUUUACAGUGUUCUCAAACAAGGAGGUGAACAUCGAGAACUUCGUGGUUGGAAAAGCUCGUGGACAAGGUGAAGUAUAUGCUCACGAGAUCAAGGAGGACGAGUGGCCAGAGUGGAGGAAAACGGACAAAGGAGAAUGGGACAAGGUGUUGGGAACUGGAGCCAUUCGAAUCCUGGACCUUGAGGAAUCGAGAAAAAUCAGGAACAGUGAAGAGCGUCACCGCAUCAUUCCGAGUCGUAUGGUGAGGCGGUGGAAACCAGGCGACCAACCGGGAUCGCCUCCUACCCGCAAGAGCCGCUGGUGUUUGCGCGGCGAUAAGGAUCCGGAUUUGUUGGAGCUGGACAGGCAUGCCCCUACACUCAACACCACGUCUUUUGGAGUUUUGCUCCAGGUGGCGUCGAGCAUGAGAUACGCCGCAGCGAUUGGCGAUCUCAAAAACGCCUUUUGCCAGUCCUUGCCUUUGCAUCGGCGACAAGGCAAGCUUUACGCCUCCCUUCCGAAAGAAGGAAUCGAUGGGCUACACGAAGAACAACUCGUGGAGGUCGUGGCAGGCGUAUACGGCCUGGGGGACUCGCCACAACAUUGGCGAAAGACUCUUCGUGAUGCGAUUUUGGGAUUGGGAUAUCGUGAAUCCCAACUUGACCCCACAGUCUAUCUGCUACAGACCGGUGACGUCUUGGACGGAGCGAUUGCUGUGGAAGUGGACGACUUGUUCACCUUCGGCAACGGGGUCCACACCGAGCGCAUGAACAAGCUUCGGGAAAAGUUCCAGUUUGGCAAGUUUGAGGAUGUGAUGAGCUCGCCCACUGGAGUGGCCUUUAACGGCAGAAGGAUCAAGCAGCUUCCAAACUUUGAGUUUGAGAUUGAUAUGUGCAAGUUUGUUGAAGAAAGGCUGAGUCCUGUGCAACUAAGCAAGGGGCGCAAGGCGUGUGCCAAGAGUUUGGCGAACGACAGCGAAGUGAACCAGAUGCGGGCUGUCGUGGGAGCCUUGAACUGGCUUGCUAAAGAGGGAAGACCGGAUGCGGCUGCUGCUGCGUCUUUGGGAGCCAGUACGUUUCCCAAGCCGACGGUCCAGGAUGUGAUCGACAUCAAUCGUGCAGUUGCUCUACUUAAAGAACGACCCGAGCUCAAGAUUAAGAUCCGGAGCAUUGCACCUGAGAACCUCUCUUGGGGAGUGGUGUCUGAUGCGAGUUUUGCGAACGCCUAUGCUGGGCAUAGCCAAGGAGCUUAUGCGAUCUUGGCAUUUGAUGACCGCUUGAAAGAUGGUUAUCGUGUGCCGUGCUCAAUGAUUGCAUGGAGAAGUGGCCGUAUCCAGAAAGUUGUGAACUCAACCUUGGCGGCGGAGACCCAGAGUUUGAGCAAGGGACUCGGCGAGUUGUGUUGGGUAGCUACGCUAUUCAACGAGCUCAUGGAUGUGAACUUCAAGAUUUCCGAGUGGGAAAGCCGACUACAAGGGAACCGAGUUGUUACGAUGGCUCCCGAGGACUCCAGCGAGGAGUUGAAAGGAAGUCUGUGCAUUGUGGAUGCCAAGGCGCUCUACGACCACCUCUCAAAGGAGACAGCUGGCCCUUCUUCAGACAAGAGGACGGGACUUGAGAUUCAGGUAAUCCGUCAGAACAUGAGCAGCAUUAACAGCGAGAUACGCUGGGUACCACACCCUCACAUGGUGGUGGAUGGUCUGACCAAGAAGGCAGCUAACAUGACGGCCCUGUACGACCUUCUGGAAAGCGGUGAGUACCAGAUUGUCAACGAAGCCAGCGCGUUACAGGAGAAGAAGAACGAGCGAGAAAUUCGAGGCUACAACAAGAGAUAA